AUGGGCUUUGCUACCCUCAUUGAGAUGUGGGUGUUUAUUUGCGUGCCAAUCUGGGGCGAAUGGGCCAAAACAGUUGCGUGGGCUUUAUGGAUGAUAGACGUGGUAGCUGCGGCUUCUGUGACCCUGUCUCUGUCCUUCAUUUUAAUAUCUCAGCGCGAUAUCACCUCGCUAGAUCGGAUCACCGCGGUUCAAUUAUUGCCAAUCGCAGCAACUAUUGUCGCAGCGGGUGCUGGCGCAGAGGUUGCUCUUAUCUUACCAAACAAACAACAUGCGCUGGGAACUCUCCUCGUCUCAUUCAUCCUCUGGGGUAUGGGCACUCCGUUGGCCAUUGCGGUAUUGGUAAUCUAUUUACAUCGACUAGCAGUGCAUAAGCUGCCACCGAGGGAACUGAUUGUGAGCUGUUUUCUACCCCUGGGGCCACUUGGCUUUGGUGGGUUCGGAAUCCUUUACAUUGGGAAAGUAGCACGGGUAUUAUUGCAGGAUUCCCAAUUCCUGGACCCUAUCGCAGGCCAGAUAGCAUAUGUCUUGGGUGUCUUUAUAUCCCUCCUCAUGUGGAGCUUCGGCUUGAUUUGGCUCGUUUUUGCCCUAGCUACCGUUCUAUACAGCUCUCCGUUUCCUUUUAAUAUGGGUUGGUGGGGAUUUACGUUCCCGCUUGGGGUAUAUGCUGCAAACACUAUUGAAUUGGGUCUUGAAAUGGACAUCAUGUUCUUCAAAGUUCUCGGCACCACCUUAAGUGGCGCAGUGUUCCUAUUCUGGAUGUUGGUUUCAUCACGGACUGCACACGGAGCAUGGCGCGGAACCCUGUUUUAUGCUCCAUGCUUACGAAACCUGGCAUUGAAAGAAGACGGGGCUGAGCGAGAUGACCGGGCGUAA